GCUAGCCUGGCGGGCCAAGAUGGCGGCGGCUGUGGCGGGCGUUCGCGCCUUGUCCCUGGCCGUGCUGAGGGGAGGCGGCGGCGGCGCGACCCUCGCUAGCUGCUGCUGCCGGCGGUGGAGGCGGCUCCUGAGCACGGGCGCUCCCCCUCAGGUGGUGGGGGCGGGGCUGACGGAGGCCGUGCUGAGGGAGGCCGUCAAGCAGAAGCAGGCAACAGACGGGGGAGAUGGGAAAAGCUCUGGCUCUGAUGAGCAGCAAGAGAAGAAGCAGAAGGAAAAUACCGCCUACGCGAAGAAGGUGGUGCUCAGGAUAGCAGGGCUCAUGGGUGCUGGCAGUGGAGUGGCCAUUAUCUAUAUCUUUGGUAGCAAUUCAGUGGAUGAACAUGGUGUUAAGAUUCCUGACGAAUUCGACAAUGAUCCAGUGGUGAUCCAACAGCUCCGAAGGGCGUACAAAUACUUCAAAGAUUACAGGCAGAUGAUUAUAGAGCCGACCAGUCCAAAGCUGCUUCCCGACCCCCUGAAAGAGCCCUACUACCAGCCCCCCUACACCCUGGUCAUCGAACUCACCGACGUCCUCCUGCAUCCUGAGUGGUCGCUAGUGACCGGCUGGCGCUUCAAGAAGAGGCCGGGCAUCGACAACCUGUUCCAGCAGUUGGCACCGCUCUACGAAAUCGUCAUCUUCACCUCCGAGACGGGCAUGACUGCCUUCCCCCUCAUCGACAGCGUAGACCCGCACGGGUUCAUCUCCUACCGGCUUUUCCGCGACGCCACCCGUUACAUGGAGGGGCACCACGUUAAGGACAUCUCCUGCUUGAACAGAGACCCUGCCAAGGUGGUGGUGGUGGACUGCAAGAAGGAAGCCUUCCGCCUGCAGCCCUUCAACGGCAUGGCCCUGAAGAAGUGGGACGGGAACUCGGACGACCGGACGCUCUUUGACCUCGCUGCCUUUCUGAAGACCAUUGCCUUGAGCGGGGUGGACGAUGUCCGGUCAGUGCUGGAGAAUUACUCCAUGGAAGACGACCCGCUGGAAGCUUUUAAGCAAAGGCAGUCCCAGCUGGAGCAGGAGGAGCAGCGGCGUCUCUCGGACCUCUCCCAGCACAAGAAGCAGCAGAUGUUUUUGGGCUCCCUGGCGAGCCGGCUGUGGCCCCGCUCCAAGCAGCAGUGACGCGGUGGACGCCCUCCGGCCCAGCCUCGCCCGCCAAAAUGGACUCUGGGCUGCUGAAGCCCCGUCUGGAGAGGAUCCUGUCCUUUGGAGGAAGACGGUUCCCCGGGGAGGGGCCCAGGGCUCUGGCCAAAGACGGUCCACACUGAAGGGGGGAGGGAGCGUGUCAAGGCCCGGAGAGCUGCGUCUGGACCGGAGCCCUUUUCCGAACCUUCCGGAGGGAGAGCCCUGUGGGGGCAGAACCGAGGGAAGCCUUCUCUUUGGAGCCGGGGAGGGAGGGAGGGGGGGGGAUUACUCCCAGGUCUGUCUUUUCACGUCUGUAUCAUGUUCCCUUCAGACUCCGGGCCAAGCGCAAACUAAUGUUGGAUGUGCUCUGAAAUAAAGGAUGAUCUUUCUAGGGA